AUGUCAAAAUUGUCAAUGACAUCAUGUAUCAAUUUGUGGAAAACUACCAUGGUGAGCCAAAAGGCCCAUAAGGCAACAGCAAACAGGGGAAACACCAACUGUUCCAAAAGAAUGUGUUUUUCUCCUGUUCUGGAAAUCAACAUGCAGUCUGAAUCAAACGUCACCGUGCGAGAUGGCCCUGACGACGUCGACUCCAGUGUGCGCCAACCACUUUCAUACCCAUUGAGCUUCCAAGUGACUCUCACUGGAUUUCUCAUGUUGGAAAUUGUGCUGGGACUUGGCAGCAACCUUACUGUAUUGGUACUUUACUGCAUGAAAUCCAACUUAAUCAACUCAGUCAGUAACAUUAUUACAAUGAAUCUCCAUGUACUUGAUGUAAUAAUUUGUGUGGGAUGUAUUCCUCUAACUAUAGUGAUCCUCCUGCUCUCACUGGAGAGUAACACUGCUCUCAUCUGCUGUUUCCAUGAAGCCUGUGUUUCCUUUGCAAGUGUUUCGACAGCAAUCAACGUUUUUGCGAUCACUCUGGACAGAUAUGACAUCUCUGUAAAACCCGCAAACAGAAUUCUGACAAUGGGCAGGGCUGUAAUGCUAAUGACAUCCAUCUGGAUUUUUUCUUUCUUCUCAUUCCUGAUUCCCUUCAUUGAAGUAAAUUUUUUCAGUCUUCAAAGUGGAAACGCAUGGGAAAACAAGACACUGCUGUGCGUCAGCACAAGUGAGUACUACACCGAGCUGGGGAUGUAUUAUCACCUUCUGGUUCAGAUCCCCAUCUUCUUCUUCACAGUUAUAGUGAUGCUGAUCACAUACACCAAGAUACUUCAGGCUCUUAACAUCCGGAUAGGCACCAGAUUCUCAACAGGGCAGAAGAAGAGAGUUCGAAAGAAAAAGACAAUCUCUCUAACCACACACGAGACCACAGACAUGUCACAGAGCAGUGGAGGGAGAAACGUGGUCUUUGGUGUGAGAACUUCAGUCUCUGUCAUAAUUGCCCUCCGGCGAGCCGUGAAACGGCACCGGGAACGGCGGGAACGGCAGAAAAGAGUCUUCAAGAUGUCUCUAUUGAUUAUUUCUACAUUUCUUCUCUGUUGGACACCGAUUUCUGUUUUAAAUACCACAAUUUUAUGUUUAGGCCCAAGUGACCUUUUAGUAAAAUUAAGAUUGUGUUUUCUAGUCAUGGCUUAUGGAACAACUAUAUUCCACCCUCUCUUGUAUGCAUUCACCAGACAAAAAUUUCAAAAGGUCUUAAAAAGCAAAAUGAAAAAACGAGUUGUUUCCAUAGUUGAAGCUGACCCCAUGCCUAACAAUGCUGUAAUACACAACUCAUGGAUAGAUCCCAAGAGAAAUAAAAAGGUUCCCUAUGAGGACAGCGAAAUAAGGGAGAAAUGUCUAGUGCCUCAGGUUGUCACAGACUAG